AUGUUCAACAACAUUCAAUCCAGACGCUCGCAUGAAAGUCCCAUGGACUGGGAAUGGCAGACUCAAGGCCCGACCGAUCCCAAGUCUCCCUUUCCCCAAUUCAAGCCACAGCAUGGCAAGAAGCAGGGAUUCGAAUCCAACCAGACUUCUAGUUCUUUCAUAGCCGCAUCGUCCGCGCCAGCACCACAAUUCCGCAAUCCAUCCUUCACAACACCACGGAAACCCUUUGACCAAGAGCUUUUCUCCGAAGUGUCUGGUGCCGAAUCAUCCCCAGCAGACAACGCAGACGCAGAGGAUACACCAGAUCCUCCGAAGACUGGCCAAACAAUGACUGCAUUUACGAACGGGGGCACAGUGAGACAGCCUAUCUUCGGAAGGUAUGGGUCGAGCUUUCUAGGAAGCAGCCCUGGCCGGGCAGAGCAGCGGCGGGGGAAAUACGCAAAUGCGAUAAUAAACAAAGUUAGGAAAAGAAAGAGAAUAGAUCGGGAUUAUGCCUUGGUCAGGGGCCACCGGGAAGGCUCCGACUCCGAGUCAGAUGGCGACGAAUCUCGCCCUCGAAGUGGAGGACAGCAGUCAAAGCAAGAGUCCAAGGAAGGCUGGUUUGCGUCUACCUUCAACUACAUCGAAUCGCACCCAAACCUGCCGAACGUCCUCUCGAUCUACGCACAAAUGGCGAUCAAUUUCUUCAUCGCAGGGCUCACGGUGUUCGGUAUCUACACAUUCUGGAUGACUGUGCGGGCUGAUGUCGACAAGGCUUCGGAUGACGAGCGUGCACUCGUCCUUGCUGAGACUGUAAGAUGUGCCAGAGACUAUGUGGAUAACAGGUGCGGGAGCAAUCAAAGGUUACCGGCACUCCAGAUACCCUGCGAAAGUUGGGAACAUUGCAUGAACCGGGAUCCGAAUAGCAUUGGUCGAGCAAGAGUGAGCGCACACACUUUCGCCCAUAUUUUCAACAGCUUCAUCGAGCCGAUCAGCUACAAGGCUAUGAUCUUCGUUGUGUUGAUUGUAACGGUCUGCAUCCUGGUCAACAACCUCGCCUUCGGCAUGUUCAGAUCGAAAGUGUCACACAUACCUCCUGCGCAACCUUUCUUUCCUCCCAAUCAGCACCAACAAAACUUUCAAUGGGGUGCGCCGCCCCAAACACCUCAGCAUACAAUGGGAUAUGAUGUAUAUGGGGGCCAAACAUAUCAAACAAUUAUGCCGAGCCAGACGCCUGGGCAGAGGAGUCCGAGCAAGGGGAAUAGAAGUCCCAGUAAAGAGGAGCGGAGUCCGAGCAAAGGGCAUAGGAGUCCAAGUAAAGAAGACAGGUUUUGA